CCUGACGCUGCGCCGCAGUCACCAUCGUGCGGUGCUCACACUCUAGGAGGAUGUGCACCCCGUUCUGCUUUGGGCAAAAUGAGUAAAGCCAUAUGUAGGUACGCACACCAACGCCUUGCGUUGCUGCGGCCUCUCUCCUUUGCUCUCUCUCUCUCGCCCUUCCGCCUCAUCGUCUUGUCAAGAUCCCCGACGACGGCGAGCUCUCUCAGCCAGCAAAGGUUUCUUUGCGUCCUUUCGUUGAUCACAGCGGCCACACACUCUUUUCCGGCUUAUGCCACUACACUCAUUCCAUAUUUACCAUAAUAACAAACCCCUAAUACAAAUAAUGUAUCCCCGUGUGUCCCUUGUUGUGGCUGCCCUUGCGGCCCCCGUGCUGGCGACCUCCGGCAGCGUGAAUGUCUACUGGGGUCAGCAGGGCAAUGGAGAACUGGCCACAGCUUGUCAGGACCCGUCCAUUGACUACAUCACCUUGGGAUUCGUCAACAUCUCACCGGAGAAUGGAGGUCCCACUGAGUAUCCCGGUACAAACUUCGGGGCACACUGUUGGGCAGACAAGUACAGCACUGACGGACAUACAUCCCAGCUGCUCAGCACAUGCCCGUCUCUUACCCCGGGCAUCGCAGUCUGUCAAGGCCUUGGGAAGAAGGUUCUCCUCUCGAUUGGCGGUGUCUACAGUGCCUACAGCAACUACACAGUGUCCACCCCCAUCAAUGGAGUUGAGUUUGCCGAGUUCGUCUGGGGCGCCUUUGGGCCUUGGACGGAGGCUUGGGCUGGGAAGCCUAGGCCUUUCGAUGAUGGCGACCAGCACAAUGCCGUGGAUGGUUUCGACUUUGACCUUGAGUCUUCGUCUGCCGGUGAUGAAGGUUAUGCAGCCAUGAUCAAUGCCUUGAGGGGGCUGAUCACUGUGUCUGGACGAGACGACAUUAUCACGGCCGCUCCGCAGUGCCCGCUCGACGAGUGGCAAACCAUGACAUACCUGCUUGAGAACGUCCAGUUUGAUCGGCUGUGGAUUCAGUUCUACAACAACCCCCAAUGCAGUCUCCUACAGGCUGAUGGCUCCCCGAACCCGGGUUUCAACUACGCUGCUUGGGAGGAAUAUCUCUCCAAGACCCCAAGCAAGGAUGCCAAGCUUCACAUUGGCCUCCCAGGCAGUGCAGAUGCUGCAGGCAGUGGUUACGUGGACGCCUCUGUUGCCAGUACUUAUCUCUGCAAAUACGGGGGCUAUCCAAUGUUUGGCGGUGUCAUGGUUUGGGACCAGUGGUUCGCGGCCCAGAACACAAUUGACGGUGCUUCAUACAACCAAGUACUGUACGAGUCCAUGAAGUGCGGUUGCAAGGAGUGCCCAAUCCCCACCAGCACGAUCUCGACGACAACCGCUGAAAGCACAAGCUUGUCCACAGCUCCACCGGUCACAAUCACAUCGUCGACCUCCGCACCACCCACUUCCACGCCGACAUGUACCGGAGUUGCUGGCUGGGAUAAGGAUGGCACCAACAUCGGCUUUUAUGCCGACGCAGCUUCUGCAACCUACAGCGGCUGCCUCGCGCUCUGUGACGCCAACGAAGACUGUCUCAGCUUCGGUGUCCUCUCUGCUCCUGCAUGCGCUCUCUACAGCUACACAGUCGAAGGUAAUAUCGUGGUGGACGCGGGCUCUGGCAACUUUUUCUUCGACAAGGGCGGCGUCUGCCCGCAGCCUACCAGCAGCAGCACAGCCGUUACCUCCGCCUCAGAAACAGUUUCCCUGUCCAGCACGAGCGUCUCUACCGGGUCCUCUACGGCCUCAACUGACUCGGCCUCUACCAUCUCGUAUACUUCGGAGACUAGCACAUACUCUGCCACGACUUUGACAACCUCUAGUGCCGAGAGCGCCUCUACGUCAGAAGCUACAACCGCAGAGGUUCCUCCUACGACAUCCGAGACAGAGGGUGUUAGUAUCAGCUCUACUACGGGCUGGAGCAACAUCACAUGGACCACUGCAAGCACCUCAGAGUCUCAGACGGCCCCCACAACGGUCAUCACCACCAGCAGCUUUCAUCUGUCAACUCGACCCCACACGUCAUGGUCUAACUCUACCUGGACAUCUCACGGCCCGAGCUCCACAGAGCAAGGGACCACCGAGUUGUCCACUACGCCUGUCACGUCGACGUCGGUGGCAACUGAGCCCACCAGCCCAGGCAGUGGUGGGCACACAACAGAGACAUUCUACUCGACGACUGUUGUAACAGUGACUUCCUGCGCCCCGACUGUGACGAAUUGCCCUGGUACACCACAUGUGACAACCUCCGUAAUUCCAAUUACCUCAACAAUUGUCCCUCUGCCCAGUCCGGGGGAUGAUGAGACCGUCACCGCCACAGUCGUUCCAAUCACUUCCACAUCGGCUCGCCCCGGUCCCGGCGGCGAACAGCUGACCACGAGCACAAUUUACAGCACCACGGUCUACACCGUCACGUCUUGUGCGCCUGCUGUGACCGACUGCCCUGGCAGGCUCGGGUCUGUGACCACGCAAAUCAUUGCCAUCUCGACAACCGUCUGCCCCGUCACGGAAGGUGGUCACACCGGUCCCACCCCACCCGCGGAGAAUGGUGGCGGCGGCGCCGGUUCAACCCCCUCCGAGACCAAGCCUGCCGGCUCCGGUCCCAGUCCGUCCGCCCCAGCCGGAGGUGAAGGCGAAGCCUCAAACCCCAGCCCUUCCAGCCCGGCUGGGGGCGAGGGAUCCCAUGUCAGCCCGUCGGAGGGGCCCGAGGAGGGAGCAACUACCACCACUGUCCAGACACAAAUGCACAGCACAAUUACCCUGCCCGUCGUGUCGGUUCCGACUGCAGGGAAUGAAGGCUAUGCCCCGCCGCCGGUGAACAACGCCGGACCGGGACCCAGUCACGUGUUCGGUAACAGCACGGUGACCAAGACCUUUAGCCUCGCAACGGUCAAGCCAACCGGGGCCGGUGUCCCCGCGCCUCAGAACACGGUGGUGACUGCCGGCGCUGCACGGGGUAUUGUUGGGGCUGGCAUGACGAUGGUUGUUGGUGUGAUGGCUUUCAUGCUGUAAUGAGGAGUACUAGGUACGUUUGAUAGGGUUUUAGGACUUUUGUACGCAUAACAUACCUGUAUUUGGGUUGUGUUUUGCAUUUGUUGUCCCGUUCCUUUUGGGUGUGCAAUAAUAUGAGUAUUAUACAGACUAUUAGGCAACUCGUACUUGUGCCGGCUAAUGCAGAAUCUCUUGUCCAAACUAGGGGCAAAAGUCCAUCCAAGGACCUAUGACUUAUUUUGCAUUCAGGUGAUAUCUGUGCUAUUCUUCUAAUCGAAUAUUGUUUCGCUUAGCAUGAUAUUCUCUGCCCUCGAAAGCCCUUAUCCUGAACUUCAAGUUGUUUUACAACAAUUCCCAAGCACAAAACUUGAAGUAUAUAAUUCAUCUGUUCAGGAAGGCAAGCACAGUUACUUGCAGUCCCCAACGGUAUUUGUGGUCCCGCUGCUGAUCACGCAGUAAUUGAACUGGGG